UAUUAAACGUGUCUAGAAAGGACACCUAAAACCCUCAAAUCGACACAAUAAACCCUUCUAAGUUUUACCGAUCACAAAGAGAGAAAUAAAAUAAAUUAAAAUUUAGAUCUGUGUGGUUCUGAAUCUCACACAAACACUAUGAGAAGAGCUUACUCUGUUUUACUUCACAGAAACCUCGCCGCCGCUCGCCUCGGCGGCGCCACCUCCACCGCCGUCCCUAACCGUUUUCUCCAGACAACUCUUUACGGCACCACCGCCGGUUCAUCUCCAUCUAGCCGGCGUUGGUUCUCUUCCAUCCUCGCCGCCGUCGUCGGGACGUCUCUUGGUGUCGGCGGUCUGAUCGCGGCUUCCUCCGCCUCUCAGGAAGUACUAGCUAAGGAACGUCCUCCUUCAGAUGCUAUUCCUAGCGACGUCAUUCUUUAUCAGUAUGAGGCUUGUCCUUUCUGCAACAAAGUGAAAGCAUUUUUGGACUACUAUGAUAUACCAUACAAGGUUGUGGAGGUCAACCCUCUUAGCAAGAAAGAAAUCAAAUGGUCUGAAUAUCAGAAGGUGCCAAUUAUAAUGGUAGAUGGCGAGCAGCUAAAUGACUCGUCAGCUAUAAUUGACAAGCUUGGAGAGAGGAUUCUAUCUAAGAAAAAGGCAGAUUCAACCUCUGAGGACGAUGAAGAGACAAAAUGGCGGCGGUGGGUUGAUAGUCAUUUGGUACAUGUUCUGUCACCUAAUAUAUAUAGAAAUACCUCUGAAGCUCUCGAGUCCUUUGACUAUAUCACGAGCAAUGGCAAUUUUAACUUCAUGGAAAAAAUUUCCGUGAAGUAUGCUGGUGCUGCAGCUAUGUAUUUUGUGUCGAAGAAGCUAAAGAAGAAAUAUAACAUUACUGAUGAGCGUGCUGCUCUUUAUGAGUCAGCAGAAACAUGGGUAGAUGCUCUGAAUGGCCGCGAGUUCCUUGGAGGGUCUAAGCCUAACUUCGCCGAUCUGGCUGUUUUUGGGGUUCUAAGGCCCAUACGCUAUUUGAGGUCUGGUAAGGAUAUGGUGGAGCACACACGUAUUGGUGAGUGGUACACAAGAAUGGAGAUCGUUGUGGGAGAGUCUUCCAGGAUUAAAGCCUAAAACUAAGUUAUUCUUGAGUCCAAACUCCAGCCAUUUUUUUGCUUCAAUGUUAUUACAUAUGUUCUUUGAGUUUUGCCUUCAGUUGAUGGAAGGAAUUACAUUUGGGUUUCUAAGUUAACAACAUACUAGUAUUUGGCUAUUUAGAAAGAUACUACCAUCAGAUGGUGGUGGGAGUUAAAUAUAGGCAAAAUUUAUAUGAUCAAUUGAUUCUUUACAAAAAUGUUUUAAUAUAUGUUGCAGCUACUCCUAUUGUAAAGAUUAAAGAAUAUCUUUGAGCUGUAUCCAAGAAUAAGGCAAUCUCUGCUGUGCCUGUGAUGUUUAAAACACUGUGUUUGGUCUAAUUAAUACAUAUAAGGUAUUGUUUGUGUUGAA